CACCACCCGGCCAACAACACCGGGGCCGCCGGCGGCAACAACCGGGGCGUCCGCAACCCCAACCUCAACCAGAACCCCCUGAUCAACGUGCGCGACCGCCUCUUCCACGCGCUGUUCUUCAAGAUGGCAGUGACCUACGCGCGCCUCUUCCCGCCCUCCUUCCGCCGCGUCUUCGAGUUCUUCGUCCUCCUCAAGGCUCUCUUCGUGCUCUUCAUCCUGGCCUACAUCCACAUCGCCUUCUCCCGCUCGCCCAUCAACUGCCUGGAGCACGUGCGGGACAAGUGGCCCCGGGACGGGAUCCUGCGGGUGGAGAUCCAGCGCAACUCCAGCCGGGCCCCCAUCUUCCUGCAGUUCUGCGGCGGAGAGAAGUUCCCGGGAAUGGUGGUUGAGUCCGCGGCUGAGGAGGAGGAGGAGGAGGAGGAAGAAAUGACCGUGGAUAUGUUUGAAAACAGCUCUAUCAAGUUUGAGCUGGAUAUCGAGCCUAAGGUGUUCCUCAAGCCGUCCCGGGUGAGCAGCACUGAGCUGCCCCACAACGACAGCCAGGAGUUCUCGUUUAGUGACACAGCCACUAAAGUGUGGCCACAGGAGGAGUACAUCGUGGAGUACUCGCUGGAAUACGGCUUCCUGCGCCUGUCCCAGAGCACACGGCAGCGCCUCAGCAUCCCAGUCAUGGUGGUGACCCUGGACCCUACGAGGGAUCAGUGCUUUGGGGACAGGUUCAGCCGCCUGCUGCUGGACGAGUUCCUGGGCUAUGAUGACAUCCUGAUGUCAAGUGUCAAAGCUUUAGCUGAAAACGAGGAAAACAAGGGUUUCCUUCGCAAUGUGGUGUCUGGGGAGCACUAUCGCUUCGUCAGCAUGUGGAUGGCCAGGACGUCCUACCUGGCAGCCUUUGUCAUCAUGGUCAUCUUCACUCUGUCUGUCUCGAUGCUGUUGCGCUACUCACACCAUCAGAUCUUUGUCUUCAUUGUUGACCUGUUGCAGAUGCUGGAGAUGAACAUGACCAUUGCGUUCCCUGCGGCUCCGCUCCUCACUGUCAUCCUGGCUCUGGUUGGUAUGGAGGCCAUAAUGUCCGAGUUCUUCAACGACACCACGACCGCGUUCUACAUCAUCCUCAUCGUGUGGCUGGCGGACCAGUACGACGCAAUCUGCUGCCACACCAACACCAGCAAGAGACACUGGCUCAGGUUUUUCUAUCUGUACCACUUUGCCUUCUAUGCCUACCACUACCGCUUCAACGGGCAGUACAGCAGCCUGGCACUGGUCACCUCCUGGCUCUUCAUCCAGCACUCGAUGAUUUACUUCUUCCACCACUACGAGCUGCCAGCCAUCCUGCAGCAGAUCCGGAUCCAGGAGAUGCUGCUGCAGAACCAGCAGGUCGGGCAGGGCACCCAGACCACGCUGCAGGACAACCUCAACAACAACACCACGGCCGCCCCCGUCGAGGCGGGGGGUCGCCGAGCCCCCCUGGCCACCGGGCCCCCCGGGGAGGGCAGCGGCCCGGCCGCCCUGAACCCCGGCGAGGCCUCGAGCGUCAUCGCCGCCGCCGCCUCCGUGGGCAGCGACCUGAACUGGGUGGCCGAGACGGCCGCUAUCGUGACAGAGGCCUCCUUCCUGUCCGACCUGAGCACGACCCUCCUGGAGCCCACUGUGGUGCACGAAGCCGUGGCCAACGGGACCCCUCAGGAGGCGGCCACGGCCUCUGGUUUGGUCGCCCGCAUCAGGGUCAGCAGUGACCGCCCGGAGACGGCCGUGGGCUCCAUCACCAUCGAGGUCACCUCCACGUCCGUGGUGGCCGCAGCAGAUGCUCCCCCUGCUGCGGGGGCUGCGCCCCUCGUCCCGCUGCAGGAGGGGGGGGCCCCUCUCCUCAGCCCCUCCCUUCCCAAGCAGACUGAGGCUCUCGAGGGCUCAGACAGCCGAGCAAAACCCAGUGGCAAGAACUGUGUGGGCAGCAGCAGCAGCAGCAGCGUGGCAGAGCCCCCUCCAGCCUCAGGGGGGGACAAUGACCAGGACAGAGGUUUGGAGGACCGGGGGGAGAGCAGCCCCUGCCCAGCACCAGCAGAGAGAAUGCCCAGCUCAGAGCCAGGCUCCAGGAACCUGUCCUGAGCCCCGUUGGGUCGCUCUGGACUGCCGGGAAGGCAUUUGGAUUUCGUUUGUUACUAUUUCUCACUUCACCAUCAUCCUUAACCCAUGGAUCCCUCUGAGCGGAGCCGGAGCAGCAGGAGCAGAGCAGGGCUGUGGUGACCUCCCUUCCCUGGGAAAGGCACAGGGGGCUGCGGGGAGGUUGGGGGGUUUGGUCCCCUGGCCCACACAGCUCCAGGGCUCCUCCGAGGCCACAUGUGAGCCUGCUCCUGCCCCAUGUCAGCUUGUGCCCCAGCUUUUCCUUGCCCCCCAACCCAGGCUUCAUCCCCGCAGCCGUGUUUGCAGUCCAGGUGUGGAUCCCAACUCUCAGGUGGGAGCUGACCUGGGACAGGCCACAGCACGUGGCAGCUCUGUGGUGAGAGUAGGAGCUGAUAGAGCAGGCAGAGCAUGUCCAACCCCCACGGGAGAGCCACAGAGAGGAGAGUCCUGGUCACCUUUCCUGCUCCUGAGGGGAGGAGCAGCUGAGACCUUCUGUGUGUGUGAGGUCUGCACACGGCUGGGCAACAACCAAAGCAGAAGCUGCAAU